CCUUCAAAGUCUUGAAGUGUCCUGAACCCGGAGACUAACAGUUUUUUUUUAAGGUUUGGAGGGAUUCGAAAAGUGUGUAUGGAGCGUGUUUUGUGCAUCGGCACAGAAGGGCUUUGUCCAGCACAAACAUGAAAAGAAAAAAAAAUUCCGACGGAUGAUUUUUUUUGGCUUGUUUGUCCAAAAUUUAGACUUUGACUGCGCCAGCGAAAUUUAAUUCGGGUCUCUUGGUCAAGACCGCAUUGAGGGCGGACUCAGCUGUUUGACGUCAAAGGCGAUUCUGUUUUCUAGAUAGUCUGAGGAUGGCAAUUGGUUUUUUUUGAUUCAAUGUCCAAGUUACAGUCUGCAACUGUGUAUAGAACCUCUGAUUAUUUGAUCAUCGAUGCUUUACGAGAGAAGCUGAGGGGAAAUUCUGCAUCGUACUGCUUGAUAGUUCAAGAGCUCAAUAGUGGGUCUAGGUUGUCCGCAUGGUAUAGCAUGCUUACGAAGAGCGUUACGGAGAUCAAGGUGGUUUAUUACGAGUUAAUCACAGCGAUUUUCAGUUUCGAUUGGUUUUCCCAUACUCGGCCUCAGGAAGUCGCCGCCUAUUCUACUUUUUUGGUUCAUCUCAACUGCGCGCACGGCGGAACUUACCUGUAUGCCACAUAUUCAUCUAUAGCGAAGGCUUUCAGAGGGCCCAUAGCGGCGUCGGUGACAGCGCUGCAAGAAAAGCCCAAAUACGAUGUCGAAGCGGCUUUCAAGAAUUUGCACGAUCUUGUGCAGAGAUUGCUGAAGCUGUUGCCCAAUUCUUUGUCGUAUUUCAUAUCGACGUUGGUUGAUAAGUUCCCGCACAAGGUUCUGGAGGCGCCGAUGCACUUGGCGUUUGCAGAGAACAUUUUGAAAGCGUGCGAGUAUUGUCCUCAGCUUUUGAAGGACGUCAUUGAGCUUCUUGUGGACCGGAUCAUUCAAAUAGACGUGGAAAUUCGCAGAGAAACGCUGAUCCAGGGGGUCGAGGGUGAGGGGAGCGGUGUGUUCGAAGUUGACAUGGGCGUGAGUUACCAGGAGGAGCAACUGGUCAAGGUGGAUCAGGUGUUGGACGUGCUUUUAUGUUGGAUUGCUCGCAUUGACAGCGACGCGUUAUUAGACGAAGUUUUUUCGAUCAUGUUGGAUAUAUUUGACAAAUUUUUGAUGUUGUCUAAUGAGGUUAAGUAUGCGCAGUGGAUUUUAUUCUAUUUGUGUCGCUUGAGAAAAGCCUACGCUAGUUCGUUUUUGGAGCAUUUAUUUACGAAUUUGGAGGACGAGUCAUUGGCGCCCUUAUCUAGACAGCGAUGCGUAUUGUAUAUUGGGAGUUUUGUCGGUCGCGCGACUUACCUGAACAGGGUGAGCGCCCAGCGUGUUCUAUGCGCGUUGAUAGAUUGGAUGAAGAGUUACGUGUCGGCGAACGCGACGGCCUAUCCGGACGUGGAGAGACACUGCGUUUUUUACGCAGCGUUUCAAGGUCUGUGCUACAUGCUGCAUUUUGCUCACGGUUGGAUUUUUGAGGGGUGCGGGAACGAAGAAAUGCGGUCUCUCGGACUGGACGAGAUUGUCUUGGCGUCUCUGAACCCGAUCAAGGUCUGUCGAGCGGAGUUUUCCCAAUCCUUCUUGAAGGUCGUGGCGCGCUAUGGAUUGCGCUACGACAGUUUGGUGGAGAGGAACGAAAAGAUUGUAUUAGACAGCUCUUGUAAGACAGACCGUUCUUACCAGGAUCGCAGCGCUCCGAGCGUCACAGAACUGUUGUGCAUUUAUCCUUUCGACCCCUGUCGUUUACCUCGGAGCGAUCAGCACUUUUUGGACGUCUGUAGGCAUCCGGAGCACAGGAGCCUUCAAGAAUGCGUCGCCGCUGGACACGGCGAGGACGAGGAGGCGAGUGAGGAGGACCUCGCGAGCGGCCUCGGCGUGGAACUUGACGUUUUGGACGAGAAGGGAGACGAUGAUUUGCACGCCCUGCUGGAUGAGAGAAUGUGUAGUUUCAGCAUCGACAAUGACUAGACGAGCAUCAAGGUUCCCGAAUGCGAGGGCUCGGUGUUCACUUACCGCAGAGUUAGGCCGCUCCUGACUGACUCUUUUGUGUGGGAGAGAGAAAUGACAGGUGUCAACUGUACAAAAAAGUUUUAUUAGGCGA